CGGGGAACGGGAGGCCGGGCCCCAUGGCGCUGUGCCCGGGGCCCCGCCUGCUCCGGUUCGUGUUUCGCCUUCAGCUCAGCAGUCACGGCCGCCCCCCGCUCAGAAGUCUCGGGGUCACCUUCUGGGACAUCGGCGGAGACACAGGGAGCAAGAGAGGCAGCAAAAACGCGGGCCUGGUACACAGCAUCGUGCCCACCCUGCACUACCAGGGCAGCCUGCCGCGAUUACCCAUUCCCAGACUUGAAGACUCUAUUGCAAGAUACCUGAGAGCACAGAAACCUCUGUUAACUGCAGGACAAUUCAGGAGAACAGCAGAAUUUUGCUUCGACUUUCAGCAUGGCCUUGGCAGAGAGCUGCAUGAUAUGCUGUUGUUUCAAGACGAGCACAGUCAGCACACUAGCUAUAUUUCAGAUGUAUGGUUGAAUUCUUAUCUAGGCCGUCGCAAUCCACCUGCGUUUAACAUGAACGUAGGCUUGGCUUUCCAACCAGACCCCAAAGCGGAGUAUAAUGACCAGCUCACUCGUGCCACCAACAUGACCAUCUCAAUCAUCCGGUUCCUGAGGGCCUUCAGAACUCAUACCCUGGAGCCUGAGGUGCUGCACCUCUACCCAGAAAAGACCGACAACGAGCUCUUCGAGAAGUUCAUCCGCUGGAUCCCCAAGUCAUUUGUGUGCCAGAUAGCCUCCAUGUUUAAUGUCUACCCCAUGGACAUGUCACAGAACUUCAGGCUUUUCAGUACAAGCCGGCUGCCCAAGUUUGCACGGGAUACACUUCACACAGAUGAGAGGGCCAAGCACCUCUUGGUGCUAAGGAAUGGGAACUUUUAUAUCUUUAACAUCCUACAGAGCAAUGGGACCAUGAUCCAGACCUCAGAAAUCUAUGCCAACCUCAAGUACAUACUCUCUGACCAGAGCCCCAUGCCUGACUUCCCUUUGGCCUAUCUGACAACUGAGAAACGGGACACGUGGGCACAGCUGAGGCAAGAGCUCCUGGCCAAUGGCAACCGGGAAGCCUUAAAGAAGGUGGAGACGGCCAUCUUCAGCCUGUGCCUGGAUGACCUGCUGGUGCAGGAUGUUGAUCACUUCUCCCAGAUCAUGCUCUUUGGCAACGGGCAUAACCGCUGGUUCGAUAAGUCCUUCAACCUGAUCCUCACCAAAGACGGCUCAGCAGCCAUCAACUUUGAGCACUCAUGGGGCGAUGCCAUGACCGUGCUGCGUUUCAUGAAGGAGGUGUUCCUAGAUAGCACAGAGGCCCCCGCUGUCCAGCCCCGGGAGGACCCCGUGGCCACCGAUGCCUCCAAGGCUGUGAAGAAGCUCCACUUCCAUCUGAAUGACUCCUUGAGGGAGGGCAUCACAAACGCCAAAGCCAACUACGACACAGCGGCGCGAAACUUCUCGGUCAAGCUAGUGCAGUUUGAGAAGGAGGGCAAGCACUUUCUGAAGCAGGAGGGUGUGAGCCCUGAUGCCAUGAUCCAGCUCGCCUUUCAGAUGGCGUUCCUUGGGCUCUAUGGCCAGGUGGUGUCCUCCUACGAGCCAUGCAGUACAGCUGCCUUCAAACAUGGCCGGACAGAGGUGAUCCGCCCCACCUCCAUUCAUACCAAGAAAUGCUCCCUGGCUUUCCAGGAGCCCUCCAAGCACAGUGUGGAUGAGCUCAAAGGCAUGCUGUAUAGGUGCUCCACCUACCACGUCCAGCUGAUCAAGGAAGCUACCCACGGUCAAGGGUUUGACAGACACUUGCUUGCUCUUCGGAUCUUGGCUGACACCAAAAAGGGCUGUUUGCCUAAUAUCUUCUUUGACUCUGCCUACAGUCAGCUCAAUCACAGCUUCAUCUUCUCAAGACAUCUGUUCAACCCGACAUUGAAUUUCGGGGCUUCUAUGCCCAUAGUGCCUGAUGGCUUUGGGAUCACUUACUUUGUACAGGAUAACAGCAUCACCUUCAAUAUCUCCUCUUGCUCUGAUUACAACCUCCAGGACUUCAUCCAGAUCCUCAAAACUAGCCUGGAAAAGAUUGUGGUUAUUUUAAAAGGCAAGCCCAUUACACAUUAGCUCUUCCUGGCCUCCCACAAAAUGAACCACGGGAGCUGUUAGGUUAAAGAGGAAUUGGAGCCCUUCCCUAGGUCUACAAAGACCAAAAACCUCAGUUGGGAGCUAGGGAAAUGUUGUCUGCAACUCACUGGCCAUAUAUUCCAAGGCUUCCCAACCUUCAGGAAUAGAUGUUUGACCAUACAUAUGGUCAUUUAAGAAAGGGCUCAUCUAUCUGGGUUGUACCUCCCUCUUCUCUCCCAGCUGUGGCUUCUCUAUUUGUCUCUCUGUCUAGCUCAGUCAUUUACCAUCUGUUCCUAUCUACCAGUCUGUCAUCUAUGUUAAUCUAUGUUAAGCUGUUGAUAUAACAAUCUUGUCAUUUAGCAUCUGUCAAUCAUCUGUCUGUCUCUAUCAGCUACUAAUUUAUCACCUACCUAUUUCUAUAUCUCUCUCUUUACAUCUACCCACCUGUCAUCUGGGUAUGUAUUUGUCCCUCAGUAUCUCUCCCUGGCCAUCUACAUCAGCUCGGUCUAUUGAGAUUUCUCCAUUUUUUUGUACCUAUAUCUGCCCAUCCUUGCAUCCAUCCCUUUAUCUAUUACUCAACCAUCUUUUAUCUAUCAGUCUAUAAAUCCAUCUACAUAUCUUUAAAUCUGUCUAUAAAUCUGUCUUCAAAUCUCUUCUCACAAUAAAACUUGAAUUUAGCUGGGAUGCUUGGGUUAAUUUUCAGCACUUUUUUCCUUCAACUCUUACUCAAAGGCUUUCUAAAACCUCUCAGCCUACUGGGUGUCCUGCAGAGCCCACUGAACAGAAUUCUUUCUCCCUCUAAUGACAAAGACCUACACAAUAAUAGUUUGAGUGUGGACAGUAUGGAAACUGUCUCUUUGAACACAGCAGUGUAGCCAAUAGUGUCAAAGAUCAAGCUGAAUAGAAAGAAAGCACAGGACACAUCCUAAUCAUCCUGUCUUGUUCUGUUUUGUUUUUUAAAUAAAUCUCUGAUGUCAACUGG